GGUGACAAGGCUGUUUUGAUGAUAUUAAUUCUUCCAAAUACAGAAACGAUUUUUUUUACGAGUGAGUCAUUGAAUCAUUCACUCGUUCGAUUCGUUCAAAACACUGAUUCAUUCAGGAACGAAUCUCAACUACUGUGUUGCAACGAUGAUUCUGCUCCUUGUCUGGAACUGUUUUCGUUGUAAGAGCAAAAUAGACAAAGAAUUACUUAAAUAAGAUGGAAAAUACAUGGCAAGGAAAAACAACAGAAGACAAAGGUGGAAACAACAAAAAUGGGUGUACACUUCAUGAGGACUUGUGGCGAGAGGAGACGCAGACACAAAGAUCAAGAAACAAUGAAAAUACAAAAGAAGGACAAGCAGUUGUCUGCCGCCCAUGUACUAAAGCACACUCCAUCCGCUGCUGCCUCGAAUGUCUCUGACCAAAACGCACAAACUACAUUUCCCAUCGGCCACUUGGGCAAAGAACAGUUACGGAUUAUCGGAGGGCCGCCCAAUCAUUGCAUGGCUCACACAAAGGCAGGGUCUGCUGCCAGCGGUCACAGUCUCCGCCCUUCAUCAAUCAACAGUGAGGAGGAUGAUGGAGGGGGUGGGAGCAGGGUGAAGAAGAAACGAAGGAAAAAAGACAAGAAAGAGUCCGACUGGAACAAAGAUGGAGAGAGCAAUGCUAAACCAAAGAGAAGGGAGCAAAAGGAAGGGAAGGAGCUUCUUCCAAGAAAGUCAAAGGCGGUGAAGGAACAAAAGGAUCAUAAGAGGGAGGCGAAAGGUCAAAAGGAGGUCAAAAAGGUCAAGAAAGGUCAAGAUGUGAAAGUGAAAUCACAGCCCAAGAACACUGCAACACAUCCACCCUCCAAAAGAGGGAGGAAGCCAAAAGAGCAGGGUGCCAUGCCUCCGGAGAAGAAGAAGAAGGGAAAGAGGAAAAGUGAUGCUGUACUUGAGAUGGUGGAGAGUGAUGACACAGCCUCUCUCUGCACGCUCGCCACCGGCGGUGAGGAAAGCACCGACCCUAUGGAUAACACUAAGAGGCGAUCAGGGCGUCAAGUGAAGCGGCGGAAGUACAACGAAGAUCUUGAUUUCAAGGUCGUGGAUGAUGACGGGGAGACCAUUGCUGUGUUGGGCGCGGGCCGAAUUGCCGCCAUGUCUUCCUCUACUCUCGCCUGGCAGGCCGAGGAACCCCCUGAAGAUGAGGCUAAUAUUAUUGAGAAAAUACUCUCCGUGCGAACGGUCAAGAAAGAGACAUCCCCUGAUGAACCACCAGAAGAGUUGGAGGAGUUUUACGUCAAGUACAGAAAUUUCUCCUAUCUGCACUGUAAAUGGGCGACCUUGGAGGAACUGGAGAAGGACCCACGCAUUCACCAAAAAAUCAAGCGCUUCAGAAACAAGCAGGCGCAAAUGAAGCACAUUUUCACAGAGCCGGAUGAAGACCUCUUUAAUCCAGAUUAUAUUGAGGUUGAUCGGGUUUUAGAGAUUGCUAUCACCACCGAUACAGAAACAGGAGAGGAAGUUACACACUACCUGGUGAAAUGGUGCUCUUUGUCAUAUGAGGAGAGUACUUGGGAGCUACAGGAAGAUGUUGACCCUGUGAAAAUCCGAGAGUUUGAAGACCUCAAGAAAAUUCCAGAAAUUAAACAGGUGGAAAGGCCUCUGCCAGAACAGUGGCAAAAACUGGAGAAGUCCAGAGAAUACAGGAAUGGGAACCAGCUCCGAGAAUACCAAUUAGAGGGAAUGAACUGGCUUCUUUUCAACUGGUACAACAGGAAAAACUGUAUUCUGGCUGAUGAGAUGGGGCUGGGAAAGACCAUCCAGUCCAUCACGUUCCUCUUUGAGAUUUUCCUCAUGGGUCUGAGAGGACCCUUCCUCAUCAUUGCCCCGCUCUCCACCAUCACCAACUGGGAGAGAGAAUUCCGCACAUGGACUGAAAUGAACGUUAUUGUCUAUCACGGCAGCCAAAUCAGUCGGCAGAUGAUUAUGCAGUAUGAGACGUACUACCGAGAUGAACAGGGAAACAUCCUGUCUGGUCAGUUUAAGUUUCAUGGCGUGAUCACUACAUUUGAAAUGAUAAUGGCUGACUGUCCGGAGCUGAAGAAGAUUAAUUGGCGCUGUGUGGUGAUUGACGAGGCCCAUCGCCUAAAAAACCGAAACUGUAAACUGCUGGAGGGGCUCAAACUCAUGAACCUGGAACAUAAAGUCCUUCUCACAGGAACCCCUUUGCAGAACUCAGUCGAGGAACUCUUCAGUCUGCUUAACUUUCUCGAGCCCUCACAGUUUCCUUCUGAGACUACAUUCCUGGAGGAGUUCGGAGACCUAAAGACGGAGGAGCAGGUAAAGAAACUGCAAGCCAUUCUGAAGCCCAUGAUGUUGAGGAGACUGAAGGAUGAUGUGGAGAAGAAUCUGGCCCCUAAAGAGGAGACAAUCAUCGAGGUGGAGCUCACUAACAUUCAAAAGAAAUACUACCGCGCCAUUCUGGAGAAAAACUUUGCCUUUCUUGCCAAGGGAGCGAACCAGCACAACAUGCCCAACCUCAUCAACACAAUGAUGGAGCUUCGCAAGUGCUGCAAUCACCCAUAUCUCAUUACAGGCGCUGAAGAAAAGAUUCUUGAGAGCUUCAAGAAAACCUACAGUUCUGACGCUGUGGAUUUUCAGCUGCAGGCAAUGAUCCAGGCCGCUGGUAAACUAGUGCUUAUCGACAAGUUGCUGCCCAAACUGCUGGCCGGAGGACAUAAAGUACUGGUGUUUUCCCAGAUGGUUCGAUGCCUUGAUAUACUGGAGGACUACCUCAUUCAGAGGAGGUAUACAUACGAACGGAUUGAUGGGAGAGUUCGAGGCAAUCUACGGCAGGCUGCCAUCGAUCGCUUCAGUAAGGUGGACUCCGACCGAUUCGUGUUCCUCCUCUGUACACGAGCAGGAGGUCUGGGCAUCAACCUCACUGCUGCCGACACCUGUAUCAUAUUCGACUCAGACUGGAAUCCGCAGAACGACUUGCAGGCUCAAGCUCGCUGCCACCGGAUCGGUCAAAGCAAAGCGGUGAAAGUGUAUCGACUUAUCACGCGAAACUCAUACGAGAGGGAGAUGUUUGACAAGGCCAGUCUGAAACUGGGAUUGGACAAGGCUGUUCUGCAGGACAUCAACCGCAAGGGCAGUCUCAAUGGGGUUCAGCAACUGUCUAAGAUGGAGGUAGAAGAUCUUCUCAGGAAGGGGGCUUAUGGGGCCCUCAUGGAUGAGGAAGAUGAGGGUUCUAAAUUUUGCGAGGAGGAUAUUGAUCAGAUCCUGCAGCGACGCACACAGACCAUCACAAUCCAGUCUGAGGGGAAGGGAUCAACUUUUGCCAAGGCUAGCUUUGUGUCUUCAGGGAACCGUACAGACAUCUCUCUGGAUGAUCCAAACUUCUGGCAGAAGUGGGCCAAAAUUGCUGAACUGGAAAUUGACUCCAAGGCAGAAAAGGAGAGUCUGGUGAUCGACACACCUCGUGUACGGAAGCAGACGCGUCACUAUAAUUCAUUUGAGGACGAUGAACUGAUGGAGUUCUCUGAACUGGAUAGCGACUCAGAAGAACGUCCCUGUCGCACAAGACGUCUCAGUGAUCGCAACAGACGCUACCUCCGAGCAGAGUGCUUCAGAGUGGAGAAAAACCUUCUUAUUUUUGGGUGGGGUCGCUGGAAGGAUAUUCUCAAUCAUGGGCGUUUUAAAUGGCACCUGUCGGAGCGAGACAUGGAGGUGCUGUGCAGGGCUCUUCUGGUCUACUGUGUUCGCCAUUAUAAAGGAGACGACAAAAUUAAAAGCUUCAUCUGGGAUCUGAUCACACCCACUAAAGACGGACAUAAUCAAGCACUGCAAAACCACUCAGGUCUGUCGGCUCCUGUCCCACGGGGUCGUAAAGGCAAGAAGCUGAAGAACCAGUUAAGUCCACCUGAGCUGAAGAAUGCCGACUGGCUGGUCCACUGUAACCCAGAGGUCGUGCUUCAGGAUGACAGCUACAAGAAACACCUUAAACAACACUGCAACAAGGUGCUACUGAGGGUGCGGAUGCUGUACUAUCUGAAGGUUGAAGUGCUGGGGGAGGCUGCUGAUCAGGCUCUUGAAGGGAUCCCAGCCAGUAAACUGGAGGUAACACUGCCUGAUAUCGACUACAUUGAGAUCCCUACUAUAUGGUGGGAUGCUGAGGCAGAUAAAUCGCUGCUUAUUGGAGUUCACAAACAUGGGUAUGAGCGGUAUAAUGCCAUGCGUGCAGACCCUGCUCUGUGCUUCUUGGAGCGGGUGGGAAUGCCUGAUGUCACUGCACUGACGGUAGAACAAGGUGGAGCAGAAACUGCUUCAGAUGCACCUGAUAGUAUCAGCAAGAGUGAUGAAAUUAAAGAGGAAAACGACAUGAAGUCUGAGGAAUUAGAAGAGAAAGUAGAGAUCAAGGAGGAGCCCAUGUCAGAAGAAACAGGGAAAAAUGACACUACGGUGACAGGGGGCUUUGUAGCAUCUCUCGCAGGAGACCUAAUUACAGAGAUGAUGGAACAGGGGCGGAUACAGUGGCCGGCAGGCUCGGCUCUUACAGCACGUCUACGCCGCCUCAUUACUGCAUAUCAGCGUUACACACGGCGUGAGCCGCUUCGUCACGAUUUCCUCUUACACGAUGGAAUUGCACCUGUGGCAUGGCAAAUUGGAGAGUUUAGGCACUGCACAACUGAGCCUGACCCGCUCUUUUUGGAGUGGCAACGAAGGUGGACACGUCGUGAACAGGCUGACUUCUAUCGCACAGUGUCCUCGUUUGGAGUAGUGUAUGACCCAGAGAAGAAAACCUUUGACUGGGGCCAGUUCCGUGCCCUUGCUCGAUUGGAGAGGAAGACAGACGAAAGCUUGGAGAGAUAUUUCCACAGUUUUGUUUCAAUGUGUCGCACUGCAUGUAGACUACCGCCUAGAAAAGAUGAAGGUACCGUUGAUCCUUCGCUGUUGGUGGAACCCAUUACAGAAGAGCGAGCUGCCCGAACAUUAUACCGUAUUGAGCUUUUGAGAAAGGUCCGUGAACAAGUAUUGCGGCACCCACUCCUGGGGUCACGACUGCAGCUUUGUCGCCCUAGUCUGUACUUGCCUGUCUGGUGGGAGUGUGGCAAACAUGACCGUGAUCUUCUCAUUGGUGUUGCUAAGCAUGGCUUGAGUCGAACUGACUUCUACAUCCUCAAUGACCCACAACUAUCCUUCCUGGAGGCCCAUCGGAACUAUGUUCAUAAAGAAAACCACAGAUAUCCAGUCCCAGGCUUGCCCCACCAUCAUUGCUGCUUGUAUGAUGCCAACCUCGGACAUUGUCAGUCCCCACAACCUCCGGAGUAUCACCACACACCUUCACCCCACACACCAACACAACUUGUCCAUACUCAUGGGCAUCACCAGCCCACAGAUGUGGUGGCGUCAGAGCCAGGAAGUUCCCUGGGGAUAGGUACAGGAAACAGAGAUGGAUUUUUGGACUGCCCUCCAUUGGAUGACUCAUUGGAGUUGGGGUCUUUACAACAUGAAGGCUUGACAUCAGACACACUACAUAGCAAAUCUGGUAAAGAGGCCUUCAACGGAUUCCCUUUCAAUUCUGCAACUGGUGGGCAGAAUAUGCUAAAUUCAUAUGGUGUGCAAGGGGAGCUAAAUGGGGCUCAAGGAGACAUGGCGGACUCCAUAGCUGGAAAACUUCGCAGCGAUGUUCUGGUGGGAGAGCAAGGGUCCUCAGAGGAGACUGGCUUAAUGGCGCCUUCUGUGGAACUCGAUGAACUUCAAGCUCCAUGGGAAAGCUCAGACCAUGUUGAAACUUCUGACAUGUUCAACGAGACUGAUCCCAUUUUGGGAGCACAAGCUUUGGAACCCAGCUUUCUGGAUGCUUCUCAGCCAGACGAUGGACGGGAGGGUGAUGAAACGCUAACCGACUGUUUGAGCAUGCCCAGUUCAGACUCUCAAAGCAACCCUGUCGAGCCACUGGCACCAAGCUUUAUGUUGUUCAAAGAACUUAAUGUUGGAGAGACAUCUGUGGAUCAGACAGAUCUAUCAGCCAGUCUUCCAGAAUUUGUUCCACCACCUCUUGGUCUCCCAGAUGUGAGUCUUGACCAGGCAGAUCCCAUUAGUGAGGAUCAAGAGGACAAGCUUAGCGAUUCCAACAUCACACAUGGAGUUCCCAGUCCAGGAGAAGGAGCUGAAAGCAUAGGGUUCCAUUUUGAGAAAGAAGACCUUUCUCCAGACAGUUCGAAGACUAAGGAUUCUCAAGAUGAAAUUGACAAGAUGCCUUCAAUAGAGUCUCCAAGGGAAAAUUGUCUUGAGGAAUCCCAGAAAGGGGACUGCAAGGUGACAUUUGAUGAUUCCAAUGAAGGAGACUUGAAAGAUCCUUGUGAAGUGGCCUUGGAAGAAUCUUACGUAAAGCCUCUAAGAGAGCCAGAAAAAGUGCCUUUAGAGGAGUCUUAUGAUUUGACUUGUGACGAGACACUGCAGGAACCUUGUGAAGGGUUUCAGCAAGACGCAGCUGAACAGCACUUGGUGGAAGAACCCUCUGAAGAAUCCUGCAAAGAACUGUCAGAGCCAAUAGAAGAGUGCAAUCUAACUAACACUACCCUCUCAACAGAUUACCCUUUGCCUUCUUCACUCCCAUCAUCUCCAACUACCUUACCUGACACCUCUGUAUCUCCAGUCCUUGAUGCAGUCCCAAAACAAGAGUUCCUCAUGGAUCCAGUGGUGUCAGAUGUGAAGCCUGAGCCAGACAGCACUACGCAGACCCCUCACCUUGAGCAGACUGAGGUUUUGGAUGUAAAGGACAAGAUAAAAGAUGAAGGUGCAAAGACACCAGCAUUAUUGGGAGAUGUUGAUGCACCACGCUUUGCGCUGCCCAUGUGCGAGAUGGCAGACAAUGUCCAUGAAAUAAGGGAACCAACCAUUGCUCAGCUUUUACAGGAGAAAGCACUCUUCUCCUUCUCAGAGUGGCCUAAGGACAGAGUGAUCAUCAACCGUAUUGACAGUAUCUGCCAUACUAUCUUAAAGGGGAAGUGGCCUUCCUCUAGUCAACAGUACGAGUCUCCCACCGCAUUGGCUAACACUUGCAUGCCCAGUAGUGCCCACCAGAGGGCAGGAUUUCUGCCUACCAGAAUGCCUAUAUCUCAGAGCCUUAACUUCAACCUCCCACACACAGUAUCCCACUUACCAAAGGAGAGGUUAGUUGCCCCAGCAUUUCUCCCUGAGCUCAAACGUCCCAGACGUGGGUUUGAAUUCGAGGCAGAAGUUCUUGCCAAACCAAGUCAUCUUGGAGAAAAGAUUCAGGUUACCGUGCCUCAUCGUGCUAACGCUCUCCUCCUUAAUGGCUGGCAGGAUACUGCUAUUGACCUCUCCAAACCAACAGAGCUAACAGUUGGUGGAGACAGUGGGCCAAUCAGUCAUAUGAGCCACACUGUCCAGUCAGCGCCCCACAAAAUAACCGGGAUAGGCUCCAUACAAGGCUCACUGGGAUUAGAUAUGGCUGGCAUUUUGCAGGCUGGUUUGAUUCACCCUGUCACAGGGCAGAUUGUCAACGGCAGUCUUCGUCGUGAUGAUUCAAUGUUGAGACGGAGGAGAGGACGAAGAAGAAAUGUAGAGACUCCUGAUCUCAGCUUUAUGAAGGGACGAGCCAUGAACUUGCCUGAACAACAGUGUGGGUCAGAGAGCAUCAGCCAGCCUGUUGUGUCCUCAACAUCCUCUCAGUCAGAAUGCCCUCCAUCCACCCCGACUACACUUCCUACUCACCCUCCAGCACCCUCUCCAGCUCCUUCUCCAGCCACAGAGGCCCUGAAUGUGAGCGUGGACAGGGAAACGGCCAAUAAAGGCCUAAUGGAAUGGCUCAGACAAAACCCCAACUACAACAUGGAGCUUUCCGCUUUUCCAUCGUCUCAGAAUGUGAGCAUGUUGCACAGUUUCUUGGAGCGUCCAAAGCAGAGAAGGCAUCGCUGCAAAGACCCCACCAAGCUCGACGUCAGCUCUCUAACUGGAGAGGAGAGAGUCCCAGUAGUACACAGAAACACAGGCCGCAGGCUUGGAGGCGCUAUGGCUCCAGCCAUUAAAGAACUCUCCCGAUGGCUGGAUGCAAAUUCAGAAUACUCUGUGGCUCCUGAUUGGGCAGAUGUGGUGAAGCAUUCAGGUUUUCUACCGGAGGGCAAAUUCACACGCAUCCUCACUGGACCCGUGUGUCGGGAUCCCGGUCCGCGCAGAAGAGGCAGGCGACCCCGCAGCGAGAUGCCCAAAGCCCCCGAGCUCCCCUCUGGCAUGGGUCCACUCUUCAUGAACGGUGGGCUUAUUAGCAGUAUGGAUUUGGUUAGUUUACCCAAUCUCCGCAAUGUCCCUGGCAUCCCGCUAACCGGUAUCAUGGGCUUUCCUCAUGGUUUCGCCACUGCCGUAUCAUCAGGAGAUGAUGCCAAGAAUGGACUCGGCAUGCUGCCCAUGAUGCUCCACGGCAUGGCGGCCGUGCAGCCCCCUAUGUAUAGCGCUCACAUGAGUGGAAUGAUGAGUCAGUCGCUGUCCACAGCGACAUCCACUACAUCCACCGCAACCGCAUCCUCCACUACAGCCAGCGUGACUUCUACGAACUCUGCAACCGUAACCUCAACCUCAAGCCCGGCGGAUAGUUCGGAUACUGUACCUCAGCAGGAUAACGCAAGCUCUCCGAUGAGCACGGAGAACUGGAAUAAGGAGGACACAAAGCAAGGAGAAGAGAAGAAAGUGUCUGCUUCGGUGUCUACGGCUGCGGCCACUAGCAGCAGCAGUAGUAGUAGUAGCAUCACAAGCACCGGCAGCCAUUUGACCUUUAACCCCUUUCUAAUCCCAGGAAUGUCGCAUAGUUUGUUGUAUCCGCAUAUGUUCUUGCCACCAGGCAGUAUAAUGGCGCUGCCCGCUAUGCCUGCAGCAGACAGCACGGGCAGCCCUAAGAGAAAGAGGAAGAAGGUCAGGGAGGAAGGACUGGUGGAGGGAAGCGGGAACGUUGGUGUGCAGAUGGACGGCGAGGAAUCGAAGGGGGUUAAAGUCGAACAGACACCCGAACGAAAGAGCCAAGAGGGCGGAAUGGAAGAAGAUGGACAUGAUGUAAAUUUGGCUCUGGUCAAAGAUCCUUCUGACCAUAUAAAUCCUUCUGAGGAUAAAAGUACUGAAGAAAAGGAAAAAAACGAAAUGGGAGAGGAACCAGAGCAAGAUGCUCAAGGCCCGUGUGACGGUGGAGACUAGAACGCAUCCUCGCGUUUGGGCCGCAGUACUUUUGUGUGUGUCGUGUCGGUAAAAGUUUGUGUAUAGGACUUUGAUUAUCAAUGUAUUGUUUAUAGAUCUGCCCUUGUAAUUUCACUGACAUCUACUCUACCUUCUGGGUGUGUGCUAAAGAAAUAGACACUUGAAGCAUGCAAACGCUCAGAGGUCCAACAAAGGGACAACAUCAUCAUUGGUGUUAGUGUGUUCCUUUUGCAUCAUGGGAAUGGAUACUCAGACGAUUCUGUCUAUUGACUGAGAACGCUCUUAGUGACCCCAGCAUUUUCCCCCCCUCGAUUAGGUGUUAUUCACUAGCAUCUUUCGCAGAUUCUCAGAAAGUGGUAGGAUGUUGGUAUUGUGCAAAAAACAGACGGCAGUCUCAGUUCAUAAUGGUGGUUCGGAUCAUGCUCUUCUAGUUGCAUAAGGCCUAGAUUCGUGUUUUGAAACAUUUCUCAGAAUAAUGUAAAGGAAACACUCAUCCCAUUGGUAGAUUACCAGCAGUGCUGCGUCUGAUACAUUCUUGAUGGACCACAGUAUUUUGUUCUUAGUUGCUUGCUGCUAUGUAUUCAUUUUAGUGAAGAUUUUAACCUAAAUCUUUUACAAAGCUAUAGAUGGCAUGAGUGCAACAUGGUGAGUGCAAUGGAAACUCAAAAAGAGCAAGGCUUGAAGUUGAUGGCAAAGAACAAUCCUGAGAUUGAGUUGUCUUUUGUUUUGUUUGUCUUACUGUUUUUGGUAUCGUUUCCACAUUGUCGCUUUGAUAAGGUGCCCCCGUUGGGAUAGUACUAAUCAUUUUUAUAGUUGGUUAUAUAUACUUGGGGGUGCUGCAAGGCCAAGGGCGAAGUGUUAGUGCCAUAGAUGAGACUCUGUUUUAAAAGGUUUUGGUACAGGGGCAUACAAAAUAAAAGCCUGACGCAAAGCGUUUUUGAGAACUGUGUUUUAGUGAAUUUUAAGGGAUAGUCCACUGUCAUCAUUUAGUCAUGUCAUUCAAACAUGUGUGAGUGACUUUCUUCUGUGGAGCACAAAAGCAUUGUGCUCACAUUGCGCUUUUCCAUACAAUGAAAGCAUGAAGUGGCUGUCAAGCCAUGCGACUACACCAUAAAACUACUUUUCCUCAUGCAAAGCUAUUGUGUGACUGGAAUAUAGUACAUAAUUAAUUUUGGACUACUUUCAUUGUGUGUUUUUGUCCUUCUUGGAGAUUGAUAAGCUCCAACCUGGUCAUUGUGCUUUUGUUAAAUGGAAAAGCGCAUCUCCUGAAAGCAAGUCACACAGGUUUGGAAGCGAGUAAAUGAUGCCAGAAAGUUUUGUUUUUGGUGAUAUAUUUCUUCACCAAAAAUAAGACAAAAAUAUCUUUGCAAAUCUCCUUUUUUUGCAUUCACUAAAGCCCUGUGGGUUGAUGGGGUUGACAGAAAGACAUCAGACCAUCUCGUUCUCUUCAUGGGUUUCAUUUCUCUGGUUCAUUUGAAAAUACUGUAAAGUAAAACCUACCGAGAUUUUUGAAAACAUGUAAAUCUAACUAGCUGUAUAUUGCUGUUACUUUUGUUUACAAGCACACAAACAAUGUUAUUUUUUUCCUUGCCAGUAUGUCUCAUAUUGGGGGGGACAUGUAAAGAAAAAUAUCAGCACUAGUGUUUUUUUUUAUUUUUUAUUUGAAAUACUUCACACUAGUUGAUAACCAGAGAUAAUUUAACUUGUUUUAUCCCCCGAUCGCAACAGGGUCUCUCUUUUGUGGGAGUAGUCAUUUUCCACCUUCUCAUCUUACUCAUUUUUUUUCAGUUUUCGGAUGUGAAAACGUUUUUGCACAGUCUUUUUGGUGAAUGUUUACCUGUAAUUGUGUUCUGUCUUGUUUGUUUGUGUGUUUGUGUGGACGCAUGCGCACGCUUGCACAUGUCACUUCCUGUACAUUUUGACCUAUGUAAACCUGUACUGUAUAUUUCUUGUCUAAACAAAAAAAAAUCAUGGUCACCUUCAAAAAACAUGCUGUUGUUGCCUUGUCACACUAUUUGUGACACCAUAAUGUAAUUUAUUUUGCUUUUAUUUCUCUUUUUACUUUGCCAGAUUCACCUAAUACGACAUUUCCUCUUUCUCAUCACAUCUAUCUUAUUGUGUUCACUUUGCAAUGCCUUAUUUAGCGUUUUAUAUAUGGAUGUUUGUUACAUCUUUAUGUUGGAAAAUAUAUAUCAAAGUACUCGUGUACAGUGUCAACGUUUUGGGAAGCAGUCUCGGUCAUACAAGUUCAAAUGCAGACACUCUAGUUGUACAGAUACUGGACUCUGAAUUGCUUUUCAAGUCGUAACAUUUUUCAAAUAACAUCACCGGGUCUAUUUCCUCUCUCACUUCAUUCAAAACAGUAUUGCAAAGCACAAAGUCUAUUGACUUUCAAAAAUGUCUCAUUGUUAGUCUGAAAGCUUAGCUCUGAUCUUUCUCUAUUGUCCCUACACUGCUUUCUCAGUAACAUCUGGUGAACAAAAACACAGACCUCGUCUAGACGUCUGGAUGAUUACAUUACCCUCGCUUUUUGACAUUUUGAUUAGUUCGUAAUUCCGUUAAAGGCCUUCAACAAUUCAAGGAGAAGCACAGCCAGUAUAUGUACAAUUGGAGAGUUCAGACUGUUAGGCUGAGAAUGCUGCAUUGCUGGUUGUACGUGUAUUGAUUUUAUAAAUGUACCGUUUGUUGGAAAUGUAUAGUUUGAAACUCCAACAAUAUUGUUGGAAACUCAAAAACACUCCAGUUUAAUUCAAUUGGAAACAUGGUGUUUGAAAAGAAAGUCUCAGUGGUGCAGUAUCUGGGCCCAUUUGAAGAUCAAUGAAUAUAUAUUCAAUUCUGUCCUAAUAACACUCCAGAUACCCAUUUUGGUAAUUCAUCCAAAACUCUGAUCAAUUUCAAAUUUUACCUGUAUUUAUUGUGUUUUACUGUCUCAACGUUGUCUCCUUGUGUAUUGCAACAUGUACAUAAACUUGCUGUCUCCAGGUUUUGGAUGUUCUCCUAUAUUGGAUUUCAACACUGAUUCAUUUUACUUUCCAUAAAAAGCUGAACUUUCCGAAAAUGGCAAUGUUGACUGUAUCCGUGUGUAUAAAUAUGUCUCUGGAUAAUUGCUCCUGGAUACUCUGAGUGCAAAAAGCCUUUCCCAUCAGCCCCUACCUCCAUUUUUCAUGGAUUAAUCAAAGGGAGAUUAUUUUAGUAGCUUUGCAUAGUGCAUUUCCGAUGGGGAAGAAGAGAAUUGGGAAUUGUUGGGUACCAUAUGCCAGUGUCAUUUGGUCAGACUCUGUCUGCUUUCAAUAUUUCCAAUGCUUUUAAAUAUGCACGUAGUAGGAGACUGGAUUUUGCUUGGCCACUGUCAGUGUUUGCAUGCCAGGACCUGCUAAUAACACCCAGUUACGACAUUUGAAGCAAGGCAGGCUACUGUGGAGUGUUUCAUAUAACAGAGCUGCUUAGCCAGACAGAAUAAAAUCCGGGGUCAAGUCCUUCAUGUUCAAGGCACAUUAGAGCAUCAUGUACCAUGCAGAACUGCGCUUUCAUCUCUAUUGAGCCUGUGUUGGAAGUUGUUCCUCAAGAUCUUGUAGAAUAACAUUGAAUGGAUUUGAUACAACUAAUAAUGGUCAGUGUUCAUGACAAGGAAGUACUGUAAGUUCAUAGUUACAUUUGAAGCAAGUGCACUAUAUUGGGAUGAUUACUCAAAACAAAAAAAGUGAACUUAUUCUCUUGGUAUGAAAUCUGCAGCAAUGCUGAGAGUUGUGGGUGUUUUUAUUUUAUUUUUUAUUAUUAUUAUUUUGGGAUAUUUUGUUUGUUUUUGUUCAAAUAGCUCCUGUACACCAAUGUGGACCAAUCAUAUAAAUUCAAACCAUGGUAUGUGAUCUUUUAUUGUGCAAUAAAAGAUGACUUUCAACUUUCAAGUCAA